AUGAGUGUGGAGUACAAUAUGGAUGAAGCUUUGAAAGCACGAAAUACUGCAGAGAGCAAGUUUCAUGCGCGUGACCUCAGGGGCGCACGCAAGUAUGCGGUCAAGGCCCAGAAUCUCUGCCCAUCGCUUGAGGGCAUAUCCCAGAUGGCGUCGACUCUUGAAGUUCAUCUUGCAGCAGAGUCCAAGAUUGAUGGAGAGAGUGAUUGGUACCGGAUCUUGUCCCUGCCCGCCUUUGCAGAUGAAGAGGAUGUGAAGAAGCAGUACAGGAAGCUAGCUCUCCAGCUGCACCCUGAUAAGAACAAGUCAGUCGGUGCUGAGGAGGCCUUUAAACUGAUCUCUGAGGCGUGGAGUGUGUUGUCUGAUACUAGUCGGAAGGCAAUUUAUGAUCAGAAGAGGUCAGAUCAUUCUGUUGUCAACGUAACCAAUGGCAUGUAUACGUAUGACAAGAAGGCGACCAAGAGAGCUCGAAAGAAUGCUGCUGCUGCCGCCGCCGCCGCCGCUGCUGCUGCGGCUGCUGCUGAGGCUACUGCUCGUCCUGCUGGUGUUGAUACUUUCUGGACAUCUUGCAAUCGCUGCCGUAUGCAGUAUGAGUACUUAAGAAUGUAUCUUAAUCAUAACCUUCUGUGCCCAAACUGCCAUCAUGCGUUCAUGGCGGUAGAGACUGGAUUUCCUUGCAACGGAAGCAGUUCAUCUUUCUCCUGGUCAACCAAGCAGCAGCCACAGAACCACAGUUCCACCAAACAUUCAUAUGGCUCAACAAGCAGGACUUCUAGCAUUCCGGGGACAGGGCAUGUGGGGUAUCAGCAAGAUAGCACUUAUGAUUCCUACAACAGUCAAAGCUUUCAGUGGAAUCAGUACUCCAAGACAGCGCCUGCAGCUGACACAAAUGCUUACAGUACCCAGGCUUCCGAGAAACCUAGAAGAAAUGAAGAGAGCUACAGCUACAACUACCCUGAAAGUGGAAACACAUGUGACCCUGAGAGAACUACUUCAAGGCGUGGCCGGUUUGCAAAGCGGAGAAGGCAUAGUAAUGAUUAUACUACUGUGGAUUAUGCUGGAGAUAACAAAGAAACAGUGGUUGCAAGCACAGAGACAAAUGCUUUCACAGAUGUGGGGCGGGUUAAUGGCACUUCAGUGGAAAAGAUGAGAUCUGCAGUGAGUGUAAGGAGAGCCAAUGUUUUGAGAGAGAUCUCCCAGAUUGAUACACGGGGUCUACUUGUUGAGAAAGCCAAAGAAGCCGUCCGGGGAAAAUUGCAAGAGCUGAGCAUGGCAGCAUGUUCACGGUUUGCAGAGAAAAGAAAGUCAGAAGGAAAGGUAUAUCCUAGUGACAACAACAUAAAGGCAAAUGGGGUCCUCUCUGGCAAGCUUGGCAAAGGACUCAAGCUAUGCAGUUCAAUAAGUGUCGACACCCACGUACCUGCAACUGCAGCUGAUGAAAAGAAUCCAGAACAGAAGCGUGUGCCUGUUUCAAUUGAUGUCCCAGAUCCUGACUUCCAUGAUUUUGAUAAGGAUCGCACAGAGAGAGCUUUUUAUAGCGACCAAGUAUGGGCUACAUAUGACAGUGAGGAUGGAAUGCCUCGUCUAUAUGCAAUGGUGCAGAAAGUUCUUUCAAUGAGACCUUUCAGAAUCCGCAUGAGUUUCCUCAAUUCCAAAUCCAAUAUUGAACUGUCGCCAAUAAACUGGGUUGCCUCUGGUUUCCAGAAAACAUGUGGCGAUUUUAGGGUUGGAAGGUACCAGAUUACGGAAACAGUCAACAUAUUUUCGCACAAAGUCAGCUGGACUAAAGGCCCCCGUGGGAUUAUCAGAAUUAUUCCUCAGAAAGGUGAUACAUGGGCUUUGUACCGAGACUGGUCUCCUGAUUGGAACGAGCUUACACCUGAUGAUGUGAUAUAUAAAUACGAGAUUGUCGAAGUUAUUGAUGAUUUCACUGAGGAGCAAGGGCUGACUGUCAUUCCAUUGUUGAAGGUUGCUGGCUUCAAAGCUGUGUUCCAUAGGCACAUGGACCCCAAGGAGGUCAGGAGGAUACCAAAGGGUGAGCUGUUUCGUUUCUCGCAUCAGGUUCCUUCUCGACUGCUGACUGGUGAAGAAGGCAACAAUGCCCCGGAAGGUUGUCAUGAGCUCGAUCCUGCUGCAACCCCAGUGGACCUUCUUAAGGUUAUUACAGAGGUGAAUGAAGACGUGGCGGCACAGACUGCUGAAUAG